GAGGCCCGAGAGCAAAAGGAUUGUUGGAAGCAAGGGAGUUCUUGACUCAGAUGCGAUGCAGGCAGUCGCGAUGCCGGAUACUUGUUGCUGUUGGAAGAGUCAGAAAGGAGGAAGUUAUACAUGUGCUUCAUAUACAUUAAUUCUGUACACAGCAAUGUUUAUUGCUGGGAUCGUCCAUGCACAAACAAUUAACAAAUCUCCGUCUUUGCUAGCAUUUUGCCUGCUAAUGGUUGUUUUAUCCGGUACAUGCAUAAUUUGUUCUAUGAUUAUGCUUCUUGGACUAUAUAAGAACAAUAGGUUUCUUCUAUUGCCUUGGACAGUUGCAGUAGCUAUGACAACAUUGAUAGAUGUGAUGGUUUCUUUUUAUCUCAUUCGAGACGCUGUAAAACCUUUUCUUGCAGUUGUUUUCGUCACUGAUGUUCUAAUUUGUGCUGUCAACGUAUAUGCUCUUCUUUGUGUUCUGUCUCAGUACCAAGAAUACAAACUUGGAUUGGGAAGGAACAAUGCUGCACAGCCUCGUGAUCUGGAAGCGGCAGCUCCACAACCACGCAAACCACAGGUUACAAGUUCGAUUACUGAUGAUGUUUCAACUACUGCUCUAUUGCCACCCUCUUCUACUUCACCAAUGAAAGCUGGACCGGUCAUCAUAACUCAAAAGUUUAUCAGUACUGAGUUGACCACGAUAUCAGAAGAAGUUCAUUCCGUCAGUCCAUCAUCACCAAAAGAACUCUGCACAUCUUUCAUCGACAGUAAAGCGACAGAUGCUCUUCAAAGUGAGAUAUAAAAAUACCCAAAAGGAAUCUCCUAAUUUCAUUAAAUGAUAUUCUUUUUAGUUUAAUUCCAAAUACGAGCUGAAAAACUUUUAUUUAUUACAAUCAAAAUUUGAUCUUACUUGUUUCUAUCAGAGAAUGUGUUUUCGUAAAGGCCAAUGUUAAGCUUAUUUACUUGGUUAACUUACCAGAAUAAAUUUUCACAUAAAAAUUAACAUUUGAUGCCGAUUUAUGUUCUUUAAUUUAUCUGAUAGAGCAUUUUCACUCUUAUAACUGGAUCUUGAUGGGGAACAACACAGUCAAAUUUGAGAAAAACGGAGGAAAUUUUUUGGCAUUUUUUUAU